AUUAUAGUUUUUCGGGAGUGAUGUUACGUGGAUCCGGGGUUAAAUGGGAUUUACGUAAAGUUCAACCAUAUGAUGCAUAUGAUCAAGUAGAAUUUGAUGUACCAGUUGGUACUACAGGAGAUUGUUAUGAUAGAUAUCUUUGUCGAGUUGAAGAAAUGAGACAAAGUCUAAGAAUUAUUCAUCAAUGUUUAAAUAAAAUGCCACCCGGAGCUGUAAAAGUUGAUGAUUGGAAGAUAUCACCACCAAAUAGAUCUUCAAUGAAAGAAAGUAUGGAAGCAUUGAUUCACCAUUUCAAAUUGUACUCGGAAGGAUAUUCUGUUCCACCUGGUGAAACUUAUACUGCAAUUGAAGCACCAAAAGGAGAGUUCGGUGUUUAUCUUGUUUCUGAUGGAACAAAUCGUCCAUAUAGAUGCAAAAUCCGUGCACCGGGAUUCGCUCAUUUAGCAGGCUCUGAUUUUAUGUCUCGUGGGCAUUACAUUCCUGAUAUGGUUACAG